UGUCAGUGCGCAGCGAUGAGGAUGUUUUGAUAUUUGUUGGAGCGACCUGUUGAGAGAUGCUGAGGAAAGUGAAGUUUUUAUUGCAUUUUUGCCGGUGCUAUGGGUCUGCAGAUCUCGGUUAGGAUAAAAUGACGGACGCGAAACCACCAGUAUCUAUUCAUGAGUUAAUACAGCUUGCCCACAUUGGUAUCCCUGGCGACCAGGUGACAUGGUCCAGGGUUACUAUGACAUCGGACCGAUGGAUAGCAAUCCGGCAUAACAACAGGGAUGACAAGGAGUCUAUGGUGACAGUGCUGAAUCCAAAGGAUGGUGUCAUAUCGUAUGCUGGACAGACAAGUGCGGACUCCAUACAGAUGAAUCCCACGCAGCCUGUCAUUGCCUUAAAAGCUGGGCCACGUUUUGAGGUGUUUAACUUUGACACCAAGGUGAUGAUCAGUAAGACCAAGAUACACGAACCUAUUGUGUUCUGGACAUGGCUCAACUCUGACAUCAUCGCCAUGGUGACCGACACAGUCAUCUACCACUGGGACCUCUGGCAGAAUAAUCCUCCGGAGCGAGUCUUCAGUCGUCACGCGAGGCUUACCUUCAGUGAAAUCAUCAGCUAUAAGGCUGACCCCAGCCUCAAGUGGUUAGCUGUCACAGGACUGACACCAGAGGAGAAGAGGAUCUCGGGGAUGACACAGCUCUAUAGUGUUAGUGAUGACAUCACACAGUGUAUCAGUGCCCAUGCUGUCAGCUUCUCCACAUAUCACUAUGACGACAAUCCUUCUCAGUCCACCGUCAUGUGUGUAGCAUCUAGAGAGAAUCAUGACCAUGGCAAGGUUCAUGUGAUAGAGCUUGGGCCUUACAAACAGGGUAACUUUGCACCACGGAACAACUAUGACCUCAUACAGUACCUUGAUGAUGCAGAUCGUUAUGACUUCCCAAUAUCUCUGCAUGUGUCCUGUAAGUACGGCCUGCUGUUUGUGAUGACUAAGUACGGAUAUCUCUAUUUGUGUGACAUGGAGACAGCUGCCUGUCUCUGUUGUACUCGUGUCUCUCUCAACGUCAUCUUCACCUCCACCCUCAACACAGACUCCCAGGGUAUCGUGGGUGUCACCAGGGGCGGCCAGAUUGUUACGGUUGAUAUCAAGAAAGAUGGUUUCAUCAAAUAUGUGCGGGACACUGCAAAGAAAACAAAUCAGGCUAACCGCCUGGAGAAGGCCAUUUCCAUUCAGAUAGACACGGAUGGGGACAGCCAUGUGUCCCUGGACAUGAGUACCUCCUCCCAAAAACAGAGAGAUCCUAAUCAUCAUUCACUACGAGAUGCCAACAGCAAUAUACGUGACUUAAAGUGAUUCUCAGACAUCAACUCUGUUGUCAUGGUAAACAUCAACUCUGUUGUCAUGGUAAACAUCAACUCUGUUGUCAUGGUAAACAUCAACUCUGUUGUCAUGGUAAACAGCAACACUGUUGUCAUGGUAAACCUCGGACCUGUUGUCAUGGUAAACAUCAACACCGUUGUCAUGGUAAACCUCGGACCUGUUGUUGCUGUGUUAAUCACUUUAUUCAUCACCUAAUUACAUUACAGUCUGCACUUUAUACAUGUACAGCCAUGUGUGGGAUUUAGGAUUGGUAAUAUCUAUAUCUGCAGAUGUGAGCUGACCUUUGACCUUGGUUACAUACAACUAUUUGUACCAUUUAUUGGGAAAUAUCAAUGUGUUCAUUACAGGAUAUUCCGAUUAACUAUACCACUUAUGUCAGGUGACAUAUGAUGUAUGUCAUACUCUGACAUCAAUUUCAGUUGGUUAAUACCACCGCGACCUCUGACCUUGAUCUCAGUUAUUAACUCUAGUCAGCAGAAUUCAAUGGUAGCAUUUCAGCAUUUAUUGAGCUUAUUGAUGUUUUAAAAUGUAACAAUCAAGCCUCAAAUUGUUUAUUAAAUCUCAUUAGCAACCAUCAGUAUCAUCAAUACCUGUAGAUUGUUAACCCAGACCGUGAAUCAUCAGUCUCAUUACUAUGUUACAUUUUAAUACAUUAUUCCAGGAGAAUCAUGUUAAUAUUAUUAUCAGCAAUAAUGUAUACCCUGAGGGUAUAUUACGACCCCUAAGGGUAUGUUACCACCCUGGGGGUAUAUUAUGAUCCCUGGGGUUAUAUUACGACCCUGAGAGUAUAUUAUGAUCCCUGAGGUUAUAUAAUGACCCCUGAGGGCAUAUUACGACCCUGAGGGUAUAGUAUGACCCCUAAGGGUAUAUUACGACCCUGAGGGUAUAUUACCACGUGAGGGUAUAUUAUGGUCCCUGAGGUUAUAUAAUGACCCCUGAGGGCAUAUUACAACCCCUGAAGGUAUAUUACGACCCUGAGGGUAUAUUAUGACCCCUAAGGGUAUGUUACCACCCUGAAGGUAUAUUACGACCCUGAGGGUAUAUUACCACGUGAGGGUAAAUUAUGACCUCUGGGGUUAUAUUAUGACCCCUGAGGACAUAUUACAGCACCUGAGGGUAUAUUACGACCCCUGAGCUGUAUUAAUGACCUUUUUAUAUUUCAGUGGACUUAAUUUAGAUAAAACAUAUAAAUUGUUGUCUCAUUGCGAAUUAGUCUCUAAUAUCCUGAAUGUCUCCAUUUACAAAUAUGUCUUAAGAUUGUAUAUCUAUGUGAUGGUAAAUGAAGUUACAUUUCUAAAUAUAUUCAUGUCUACAUAAUUUUAUCUUGCUUGUAACAAGCAUUUUCAUUAGCUUGAAAUUUUAUGUUAUGCCAAUAAUGUCAAAAAUGUUGUUACCAUUUGUAACAUUGCUUUUGAUUGAUUGAUACAGAGCACAAUAAUUUUCUAAGAGAAAAGAGUCCAUCAAUAAAAGUUUACAGUAUACAGUAAUUGUAUGUAGCUUGUUACACUGAAUGACGACAGAGUUUGUCAGAGGAGCGAUGUGUUUCAGUCUACAGUAAUUGUAGGUAUCUUGUUACACUGAAUAAUGACAGAGUUUAUGGGAGGAGAGAUGUGUUUCAGUCUACAGUACUUGUAUGUAGCUUGUUACACUGAAUGACGACAGAGUUUGUGGGAGGAGAGAUGUGUUUCAGUCUACAGUACUUGUAUGUAGCUUGUUACACUGAAUGACGACAGAGUUUGUGGGAGGUGAGAUCUGUUUCAAUCUACAGUAAUUGUAUGUAUCUUGUUACACUGAAUAAUAUAAUGUUAGUAAUACAUGUACACAAUCCAAUGAGCUUUGCAAAUCCAGCCCCAACUGAUAUACAGUCUUAUGUCCUUCACAUAUAUAUAUAUAGUGUACAUGCAGAUGUGAUACAUUGGAAUAUUUUAAAACUUGUUUGUCUCCCUUUGUAGUUAUUUCUAGGUUUUAUAUGAAUGACUUAAGUCUAGAAGUGUGACAAACCUCAGAAAUAAAGACCGUAAGGUGUGUUAAUUUAAGUGCUGUCUCCAUCCCCCUGUGAUAUGGUCUGGGUUCAGUAAGCACUUAUAGGCGUAUAAUGGCGGAAUCCUGUUGUAUGCCCUGUUGGUCCGUUCCUCCCAGUCUGGAAGUCUUGCCAUUGUUUAUGUCUCAGCCUCCAGUUGCUUGAAUGCUUUGUGGCUUUAGUGAAGAUUUUUCAAACUAUAGUCUUGGUUAAGAUGUUUGAGCAUAUGAUGACAUACAUAUCUAAUGGAUAUUCUACAUCCCAAAACAUUUUUAUAAAUAAACUUGUUCAUUAUGGUCCUAUAUCUCACUAUCUUGGGUGCUCAAAACUGAUCUGACUGGUCUGUCAGAUUUCUAAUUUAGUUGGUUACCAAGGAAAACAAAAGGAGCUCACCCUAUAACUUAGUUGGUUACCAAGGAAACCAAAGGGAGCUCACCCUAUAACUUAGUUGGUUACCAAGGAAACCAAAGGGAGCUCACCCUAUAACUUGGUUGGUUACCAAGGAAAACAAAGGGAGCUCACCCUAUAACUUGGCUGGUUACCAAGGAAACCAAAGGGAGCUCACCCUAUAACUUGAUUGGUUACCAAGGAAAACAAAAGGAGCUCACCCUAUAACUUAGUUGGUUACCAAGGAACCAAAGGGAGCUCACCCUAUAACUUGGCUGGUUACCAAGGAACCAAAGGGAGCUCACCCUAUAACUUGGCUGGUUACCAAGGAAACCAAAGGGAGCUCACCCUACAUACACUGGACCAGUUUAUGGUUACUAUAGACAUAUUGGGUGUUGUGUACUGUAGAGAGAGUAAAACUUGUUUACUGUACAGUGGACAAUUUUAAUCUCUGUUACAUGUAUGUCAGUACGAUAUCUGACAUACUCUCAUUUAAAUACAAGUUUGAAUUUUAUGCAGGGUUCCCACUCAGAAGUUUGUUUGAUAUGCAUGUUAACUGUAAAUAUACAAAUGUAUUUAUAUGUAAGAACAUUUGUCAAAACAGUAUGGGCUAAAUUUAUUUAUCGAAACACAAAAAAUUGGAAUGAACCUGAUGGAAAAAGAAUAUGAUACAUGUUGUAUGGCUAAAAUAGAUGGCUGUCGCUGAUGGUUAUUGUGGAUAAUUAGAGCUACAUCGAAUACUUGUUUCCCCUUGUUUACUACAGGAGGUGUGGAGGAUUUGAACCCACAGCCUGUUAGUAGAAUCUGUGCCAAAUAUUACGUUAAAUCCAAUAGACAAUGGUCUGUUAUAAGGAUCAUUGUCAGAAUUUCUAUAUCGUGUGUAGUAUUGUUUAUAAGGUUCAUUAGUUGCUGUAAAACAUUCAGUUCAUGUGGAGCCAUUUAUACAAAAUAUUUAAGUUUGUAUAUGUCACCAACACAGCUUUAAAUCCAGAAAUCCUGAAAUUACAUGAAAACGUAUUUUGCAGGGUAUUUAACAAAAUAUGUACUUGAUAGUUUACAUGAUAUUACAAGUUUUACUUUUAUAUAUUGUUGAUAUUUCUAACCGUUAUAUGUUGUUGCUUUGAUUUAUAUUUGUUGUAAUCAUGUCAAUCCUUAGCUGGGCUGCCGAUAAUAUCAUGGUGUAUAAUUAUGUUGGGACAGUAUGUGACACAAAAUCAGACUCUCAUAAUUAGAAACUACUGGUGUACAAGGUUUUAAAAAUAUCGGGAUAGAUUACUAAACCAGCAUCAUUAUACUGACAACUAUUUACUAAACUGGUAUAAUUAUACUGACAACUAUUUACUUAACCAGUAUAAUUAAACUGACAACUAUUUACUAACUUGGUAUAAUUAUACUGACAACUAUUUACUAAACCAGUAUUAUUAUACUCAACACUAUUCUGUUAUCCCCAAUCUAAUCCAUACAAGCUAGAUCUUACCAAAAUAUAUCAGGAUUAUACACAAAUUAGUUCACUCACACUUGCUGGAUGUUUUAGUUGAAUGCUUAUUUCUUUGUGGAUGUUCUUAAUGCAUUUAUGAAUAUUUUAGUGUGACUGUGUUAAUUGGGACUUUUUUCUAGUUUGAUUUUUACAUAUGUACAUGUAUGACACACCUCUACACCACACCUGUACAACAUACCUGUAUGACACAUCCUAACAACAUACAUGUAUGACACACCUGUACAACAUAGCUGUAGACACACCUGUACAACAUACAGGUAUGACACACCUGUACAACAUGUAUGACACACCUGUACAACAUAGCGGUAGACACACCUGUACAACAUACAUGUAUGACACACCUGUACAACACACAUCUGAUACACCUGCACAACACACCUGUACAGCACACCUGUACAACAUAGCUGUAUGACACACUUUCACAAUAUGCAUGAACAUGUAUGUCACACCUGUACAACAUACCUAUAUGAUACAAUAAUGCUUCAUUCAACAGCAAUAAUCCUCUUCUUAUGCAUCUGAAGCCAUGUAAUUGCUCGAAAACUUUUUUUCCAGACCCAACUUCAGAAACUCAGAAAUGUGUCAGAGCAGGCUUUAUUAUUUCAACCUCUGCAGCAUUUUCCUAGUGCCUUCAAAUACACAGGCAGCUUGUAGCUUUUAUUUCUGUGAAAGGUGUUUGGUUUACUGCCAGAGAUUAUAGUAGGAAUGAUAGGUGUAAUUUAAGUUUAUAAUAAACUUUCCACAAAAAAAAAAAAUAAUGUUUAUGGAUAAAUCUAGCUCUAGAGUUUGCCAUUUUUCAAAAUGCUGAUAUCAGGUAUUUGGAAAAUUAAUCCAUUAAAAUCCCUAUACAUGUAGAUGUAAUGCUAUGUAAAAUAUUUGCAAUAACUUAUUUCAAAAUGUUAUUGAGAUACUUGGGCUUGAACAAAUGGGCCUACAUUCCAAAAAGUAGAUCUUUGUUAAAAAGGAGAGGUCCCAAAAUCUUCAUUGAUUGAUCAUAAACACAUUUUAAUGAGACAGAUUUAUUUUCUCGAGUAUAACUGAUCAAAAAUAUUUCUAGACGAUUGAUUCUUAUGAUCGGAUCUGAGGUGCUUGUUUCAGGUUGCUGUUAGUCCUCUUAGAAAUUCAUUGACAUAGACCCUAAGUUUACAUAUUUUUUUGCGAAGAAAACCUUUGUCAAUAUUUUGGCAUGAAUUGUCCAUAAGAAGUAUCAAACUAUACUUACAGUCACUACUUCACUAAAUUGUCCCUUUAAAGAUAUUUAGAAUGGAUUUAUUUCUGGUAAAAUCCUAUAAAUGUUUUUAUAAACACAUUUAUUUACAUAAAUCAUGUCUCAAGUGCUAAAUAUUUUAAUAACCUUAUGAGUUGUUUUUACAUACAUUUUAAACAAUACAUGUUAAUUAUUACAAUUUAACUAAAUUAAAAUCAUUUGUAUUUGUUUAUUGUGUAUUUUAAACAGUUAGAAACAUUUUCAUACAUAUGUUUAAAAUUUUCAUUAUAUACCAUGUUUUCAGUAGACUGUACAUUUUUAGUAUACUACGUGAAAUUAGUAUUGGUGAUGAAACACAGCAUUACUAAUUCCUCCCUACAUAAUGUCCCAACAUACUUUUAAAAAUAAACAUUUUUAUAUUAUUUUAUCUUUGCCAACCAUGUUUGUUCAUAAUACAAUAGUAAAGGAAUCGCCAUGGCCCUAAAUGACCACAGUCAUUGAUGGGCCAAUAAAUCCCAGCAAACAAACAAACAAACAAACAAACAAAUCCUCACAUGGCUAGUAUUACAGGGCAUGGUAAGCACUGUACAGUGUUUAUAAUACAUGGAUCAUAAUCUAGCUUCUCCACAUAGAUAUAUACCCAAUCGGUACACGACACUCAGCUUCUCCACAGAGAUAUACCCGAUCAGUACACGACACUCAGCAUCUCCACAUAGAUAUACCCGAUCGGUACACGACACUCAGCUUCUCCACAUAGAUAUACCUGAUCGGUACACGACACUCAGCUUCUCCACAGAGAUAUACCCGAUCAGUACACGACACUCAGCUUCUCCACAUAGAUAUACCCGAUCGGUACACGACACUCAGCUUCUCCACAUAGAUAUACCUGAUCGUUACACAACACUCAGCUUCUCACAUGGAUAUACCCGAUCAGUACACGACACUCAGCUUCUCCACAUAGAUAUACCCGAUCGGUACACGACACUCAUCUUCUCCACAUAGAUAUACCUGAUCGUUACACAACACUCAGCUUCUCCACAUAGAUAUACCCGAUCGGUACAUGACACUCAGCUUCUCCACAUAGAUAUACCUGAUCGUUACACAACACUCAGCUUCUCACAUGGAUAUACCCGAUCAGUACACGACACUCAGCUUCUCCACAUAGAUAUACCCGAUCGGUACACGACACUCAGCUUCUCCACAUAGAUAUACCCGAUCGGUACACGAUACUCAGCUUCUCCACAUAGAUAUACCCGAUCGGUACACGACACUCAGCUUCUCACAUAGGUAUACCCGAUCGGUACACGAUACUCAGCUUCUCCACAUAGAUAUACCUGAUCGGUACACAACACUCAGCUUCUCCACAUAGAUAUACCCGAUCGGUACACGACACUCAGCUUCUCCACAUAGAUAUACCCGAUCGGUACACGACACUCAGCUUCUCCACAUAGAUAUACCCGAUCGGUACACAACACUCAGCUUCUCACAUAGGUAUACCCGAUUGGUACACGACACUCAGCUUCUCCACAUAGAUAUACCCGAUC